CAAAUGGUACAAAAGCAUCUAGCGUAUAUAUUAUCUGUAAACCCUAAUUAAACCCUCUCUAUCUCUCUAAAAACUCAAACACUUCCGGAUCACUAGGGUUCCACUCUUUCUCACAGAUAAUGGGUAGCCUCUUCCUGAGGAAAUCAUCGUCGUCGCCGGCCCCGAAAAGGUUCGCCCUCGCCGCCCUAUCCAAUCUAUUCCAUUCAUCGUCGUCCGCGACCGAGAAGCUCGUUUCUGGGAAUGUACCUCAAUUUCAUGAGCUAACUCCAAUCCCAAAGCCGUCUAUCAUCGGGAAAUCUUCGUCGCUUCGACAGAUAGUAAGGGGUUUCCACGCCUCUCGGCCGUUGGCGGCGGGGUAUGCUGUUGCGGAUUUGCCUGACGAUGACGAAGGCCUCGAAAUCGCGAAGCUCGGUAUCCCUCAGGAGAUCGUAUCUGCUUUAGCUCAGAAGGGAAUCACCAAGCUCUUCCCCAUUCAGAAAGCAGUUCUGGAACCAGCAAUGCAAGGAUCUGACAUGAUAGGUCGAGCUAGGACAGGAACAGGGAAGACUUUAGCUUUUGGAAUUCCUAUCAUGGAUAAGAUUAUUCGUUACAAUGAGAAACACGGGAGGGGAAGAAACCCUUUAGCACUGAUCUUGGCUCCUACUAGAGAGCUUGCCAAACAAGUGGAUAAAGAAUUCUAUGAGUCUGCCCCUAAUUUGGAUACAUUGUGUGUUUAUGGUGGUGUUCCCAUUGGAAGACAAAUGGGUCAGCUGGAGAGGGGGGUUGACGUGGUUGUUGGGACACCUGGUCGGAUUAUUGAUCUGAUUAGAAGGGGUGCCUUGAAUUUAGCAGAAAUUCAGUUUGUUGUUCUAGAUGAAGCUGAUCAGAUGCUUAAUGUUGGUUUUGCUGAGGAUGUUGAAACAAUUCUAGAAAAUGUGCCAAGGAAGCGACAGACAAUGAUGUUUUCAGCUACAAUGCCAAAUUGGAUUAUGAAACUUACCCAGAAGUUCUUAAGAAAUCCAGUUCACAUCGAUCUUGUUGGAGAUUCAGAUCAGAAAUUAGCUGAUGGAAUUUCCCUGUAUUCAAUUGCUUGUCAGAUGCACUCGAGACCAGCAAUUCUUGGCCCUCUAAUAACAGAGCAUGCUAAAGGAGGGAAAUGCAUUGUUUUCACUCAAACAAAACGUGAUGCUGAUAGGUUAGCAAAUGCCAUGCAAAGAAGCCACAGAUGCGAAGCAUUGCAUGGAGAUAUCUCACAGAACCAGAGGGAGAGAACACUAUCAGGCUUCAGACAAGGUCACUUCAAUAUAUUGGUUGCCACUGAUGUUGCUGCUCGUGGUCUUGAUGUACCUAAUGUUGAUCUGGUGGUGCAUUAUGAACUUCCAAACUCCUCAGAGAUCUUUGUUCAUCGAUCUGGUCGAACAGGACGUGCUGGUAAGAAAGGUUCUGCGAUUCUCAUCUAUUCAGCACAACAGUUGAGAGAUGUGAAAGGCAUUGAACGUGAUGUAGGAUGCAGAUUUGUUGAGCUUCCAAGAAUAGAAGUAGAUGCUGGAACAACAGACAUGAUCGACGAUAUGGAUGUUGGUGGUAGUUAUUUUGGCUCUAAUAGGGGCAUGGGAGGUGGGCGUUUUGGUGGUGGCUAUGGUGGGUUUGGUGGAUCUGGUUCAGGCCGAUCAAGCGGUGGUUUUGGUGGGGGCCGAUCGGGUGGCAGUUUUGGUGGAGGCCGAUCGGGUGGCAGUUUUGGUGGAGGCCGAUCGGGUGGCGGUUUUGGUGGAGGCCGAUCUGGUGGCGGCUUUGGUGGAGGCCGAUCUGGUGGUGGCUUUGGUGGAGGCCAGAGUAGUUCAAGGCGUUCAGAUGGGUUUGGGAGCUAUGAUGGAUCUGAUCGUGCUGGUAGUUUUGGAAGGACUCAGAGUUCAAAUCGCUCAGGUGGUUUUGGAGACUUUGGUUCAGGUCGCCCCAGUGGAUUUGGUUUUUUUGGAGAUGACAACAAGAGCAGAAAUUCUUGAAGGAAAAAUUUCUAACUCUGUUCUGUGGUAGUAAAGUUACAGAGUGAGUCAGCGUUCGGGAUUGACAAUUAUGAGAUGCUAGGAUAGGAAGAAUAUAAUGUCGAUUUCAGCUCUCUGUGCUCUACUUUUUGAUAGGUGCAUGUCAAUGGAAGGCUGAAAUAACAUGCUAUAUGUAUAUUGCUUUGCAAUAACUGCAUCAUUGCACGGAGACAACACAACGUUAGGAAGUUUCAAGAAUCUGUGUAAUAUUUUUAUAUACCUUUUAUUGUUCAUAUAUGUUAUUUCAAGCUCAAAGUCAAUUUAGGUUGUACAACCUGGAGUGGAUAUGGUGGCCAAUAUAUUUUGUACCUUUUUAAGUUUAAAAUUUUGUAUUAGCAUUUGGUGCUACGAGCAAUAUUGCUGUCUUGUUUUAAUACCUAGUUAUGUGCUUUGAGUAUAUGUAUGUUUUGCUACACUUGAGGAAAAUAGAGAUUGAAUCAGCCAA